GCUGAAUGCAGCAGUAGCAUCUCAUGCGCAGCUUCAUCCUCGAGCGCAGCAAGUGAGCUCCCUCCGCCGCCAUAGUACGUCCCGUCGACAUUCGGAGCACUCGGUAGCUAGGCCACCACUGUCCGUGCACGAUAGCACCGCAACGAGAUCACGCUCACGACGUGUGGCAACGCUGUCAACCUGACCAGCGAGCUACGACCAGAAUACGACAUAGCCCAGCAUGAGAGCUUGGACAUGGACAGCUUGCCUCGUAGCAGCAUCAGCACUGCUCGUACGCGCAGAGCCUGUCCCAGAAGCCUACCGCGAUCUCGCCAAGACGACGAUAGAACUUGAUGCAGCGGCCGCCCAACUUGAUCAGGGCAAGUUCAUGAUCCACAUCAGCCGUGUGGAUGAUCUGCUCGACGAUGACGAAGCCAAGACUGUUCUACUCGAGCGGAUCUCACACAUCGUCGUCAAGCUCCAGCUGGAUGGCGACCACCUUGUCGUCAAUGAUGCCCCUCUCUCCAUGGACCUUGCUCAGCCUACUGCUGACAAUCAGCUCAAGGCCAGCAUCGUCAGAGCGACCGCGCUCCGAUUGCCUGCCAAAUUGGAUCAUUCCGGCUACGGCGCACAAGAACUCGAACACCUUACCCAAGCCCUCUCUGUUGGUCUCGUCGGUCUGCAGGUCAGACUCCAUGUCGAGAAGAUGCCUGCACGUAUCCGCGCCGUCACACUCGGUGGUGGUCAGGCACCGCAGGAGAUCGAGGGCGCUUCACUCAGAAGAGUCUCUCUCUUCAUCACCCUCGUCGAGGUCGAGGGUCAGGCGCUCAAGCAUAGUACGACUGCACGUAUUCCCGUCGUCCAGAUGCUCUUUGCGAAGCAUGACGAGUCCGGCAAGUACGAACUCAGGACAGUCACCGCGGGCAACGGUGCGCCCAUCCAAUACGUCGACCAUGCGACGCCUGCGACCAAUACCGCCCUUGCAAACAUGACUAGCUCGACCGCUGGCUUCUUUAAGGACGCCAUGACGGCAUCUACGUCUAGAUUUGAUGAGAUGCUUGAUUCCGUCAAGAGCCGCAUCAGCUCGAUGCGCAAGACAAUUUGCGCAACCAUGUCGCGUCUCGGUCUGGCUUCGAAGCAUCCGCAGGAGCUUACAUCUACCGAUCAUCCCGCUUUCGAGCCGCCUCGUAUGGCAGGCGGCUACCGGCUACCUCUUGCCGGCAGUGCCGCUCGUCCUCAUCAUCCGUCUCACCAUCACGGCCGUCCUUGCGCCGGCCGUGGACAUCAUCGUCACGGUCACGGUCAUCACAACGGUACGCUGCAUUGGUACCUCGUACCCGUCUACGGGAUGCGCAUCGUCUUCAGUAACAUCCACGAGGCCGCAGCAAAUGCCGGCGCCUACGUCAUUGAUCGACCUCUCCUCGCAAUGAUCCUAGCUGUCAUCUUAGGCUGCACUUUGGGUACAGUCCUCGCCGCUCUCCAGGCCCGCGCUCGUCGACAGGCUCUCGAGCUCGACGCGUUGCCCGAAUACGAGACGCUAGACAAUAAGGAUCUCGACCUUGAUGAGAAGGAUGAGGUCCUCUUCGAUGUCACCGUCGAGUCCGUUCCCCGUUACAGCGGAGAGCAUAGCAAAGCCUAGGCCGCUAGCGGUUUCCUCAGCCUGACGAUCAUGAUGACAGUGCAUUGUUGUUCCUACCUAGCAUGCAGAACUCUCUCUCCAUACGUACGCC